GCAGGCAGACACACUGUUGAACUUACUGCAGGGAGAACAGAGGCUGUCUGACAGUGUGAUACUGAACUGGAACAAUAACUUCUGCAAAAAUGGUUGAUGCUUUCUGCGCUACAUGGAAACUGGUUGACAGCCAGAACUUUGAUGAAUACAUGAAGGCACUUGGUGUUGGUUUUGCCACUAGACAAGUGGGCAAUGUCACCAAACCAACAGUAGUGAUCAGCCAGGAUGGGGACAAAGUGGUGGUGAAAACCCUGAGCACCUUCAGGAACACUGAGAUCUCCUCCAAACUGGGAGAGGAGUUUGAUGAGACCACAGCCGAUGACCGACAUGUCAAAUCUACCUUCACCAUGGAAGGAGACAAACUUGUGCAAGUGCAGAAGUGGGACGGCAAGGAGACCAAAUUUGUCAGAGAAAUCAAGGAUGGGAAGUUGGUGGCGACUUUGACUUUUGAGGGAGUCCAGGCAGUCCGCACAUAUGAGAAAGCCUAACUUCACCAUCCACUUGAAUGAGCAAAUCAUCCCUGCACUGCAACAAGAUCUUUUUAAAAAACAAAAAUGUUUUUUGUUUUACAGUAUGCAGUGAUUUGCACUUGAUAUGUUGUUGUAACGUAAGAUAAAUAUUUUGGGAAAUCUUUUGUAAGCUCUUUUGUAAGAAAUUCAGACUCUUAUGGGCCUAAACUGUGUCAUUGUGUAUCACGUGUGAAAAAAUGGAAAAAUAAAUCGCUUUAAACUUU